AUGUGGAACCAAACGAUCGAUGGGUUCACGAUCAAGAUGGGAUUCAAGACGUGCAAAUUGGACCACUGCAUAAACAUCAAGCGAGACGACCAAGACAUGAUUCUCGUGGUGCUCUACGUCGAUGAUCUCAUCCUGGCCAGCAGCAACAACAAACUACUCAAGUCGACCAAGAUGGCGCUGAGCACACGCUUCGAAAUCACGGAUCUCGGUGAGCUCAAUUACUUUCUCGGCAUGGACAUCAAGAACGACCGUAAGACUGGAAUGGUGACUGUGCAACAAACCAAGUUUCUCAAGUCCGUGAUGACCCAGUUCGGAAAGGAUAACAGCAAGGCAGCGAAGACGCCUCAAGAUCCCGGUCUGAAGCUCACCAAGAACAUGUGUGACCAAGAAUGCAAGCACGAAGACACCAUGUGCAAUGUGCCAUAUCAAAGUGCUGUCGGAGGAAUCAUGUAUCUCUUGGUCGCCACACGUCCGGAUCUAGCUGCUGCACGUGUGCUGAGAUACCUGCAAGCAACGCUUAAUCACGGUCUUGAGCUCACACGUGAAGAAGGAAGUCGUAUCUGCGGGUACACCGACGCAGACUGGGCCGGCGACAUUGAGUCAAGACGAAGUACAAGCGGCUAUGUGUUCAUGAUGAACGGAGGAUGCGUCAGCUGGAAAAGCCAGAAACAACGGACGGUCGCGCUAUCUUCGACGGAAGCAGAAUACAUGGCGCUUUCUGAAGCAACCAAAGAAGCAGUAUGGCUCAAGGUGUUUUUGGGGGAACUUGGUGAGAUGGCAAGCGACGAAGCGAUAUAG